AUGGAUCUGUUUGGAGAUAUAGAUGACAUUUCUUCAGAGAGCGGUGAAGACCAGCAGACGCCUGUUCCAAGACAGCCUGUGGUGAGUAUAGUCACCAGCCACACUGAUCACAGGAUUGGUGGAUGUGGACUGCCUCAGAACCAGCAUGUGGACCUGCGUAUUCCUGAAACCAGAGUAAAAGUUGAAAUUCCCAGCAUCCACACUGACUUAGGGAAUGAAUUGUAUUUUGUUAAACUCCCCAGAUUUCUCAGGAUAGAACCCAAACCUUUUGAUCCUCAGCAUUAUGAAGAUGAAUGUGAAGAUGAGAAAGUGCUUUAUGAGGACGAUAAAACUAAGUUAAAAUUGAAGGUGGAAAAUACUAUACGCUGGAGGAUACGCCGGGAUGAAGAAGGCUGUAAAAUUAAAGAAAGCAAUGCCCGGAUCGUCAAGUGGUCAGAUGGAAGCAUGUCCCUGCAUUUAGGCAGUGAAGUGUUCGAUGUCUACAAAGCCCCACUGCAGGACAACCACAACCAGCUGUUUAUACGGGAAGACACUGGUCUCCGGGGACAAGCCAUCUUUAAAUCCAAACUUACCUUUAGACCUCACUGUGCAGACGGUGCCGCAUAUAAAAAGCUGACCCUUUCGUUUAAGAGCCCAAGUUCAAAGACACAGAUUAGAAUCCUACCGAUGGCUGGUUGUGACCCUGAGUGGCCACGCACAGAGAUUCAGAAAAAAGAACGCCGAAGGCUGUCUAGUCGACGGAACUUGCAUUCUAAGAGGAAGGAUGAGCUGCAUUCUAGCCCCAACACCCAGCAGCCUGACGGUGAGGACAAGGAAGAGGAGGGAGAAGAGGACACGACAUCCAGACUAGAGAACACUGAAAACCAUUACCAGGAAGCAGUCCACAAGGAACAAGCCCUGUCUUCCUUGGAUGGCGACGAUGAAGGAUCUGAAGACGACAAGACCAGAAGAGUUCUUAAAGCCAAGACGCUCACGAGUGACAGGGGAGAUGAACCCUCCAGAAAGAGACCAAGGGGAGAAGAGGAAGACUGAAUCAUGAAGUGAAAUGUGUGCUGGUGUCUAUCAAAAUUUCCUUAGUUUUCUGUUUGUGCUGGGAUUGAAUUCAGGGUUUCCUGUCUACUGAACACGAGUCUACUGCUUAGGUCCUCCCUAACUCCCCUCAAAUAUAUUAAAACAAGGAUGAUUAUUUUGACUCACAUAAACCAAUGACAUGGGCUAUGCAGAAACCAUUUUCCUUCCAU